CACCCUGCCGUGCCCAGCACUGCCCGCGUCCGUGCCCCCGCGGGGAGCGCGCCGGGGCUGCCCCCCGAAUGACGGGCGGAAGGUUCGACUUCGACGAUGGCGGCACCUACUGCGGCGGCUGGGAGGAGGGCAAGGCGCACGGGCAUGGCAUCUGCACGGGGCCCAAGGGCCAGGGCGAGUACUCCGGCUCCUGGUCGCACGGCUUCGAGGUGGUCGGAGGCUACACCUGGCCCAGCGGCAACACCUACCAGGGAUACUGGGCGCAGGGCAAGCGGCACGGGCUGGGGGUGGAGACGAAGGGCAAGUGGAUGUACCGGGGGGAGUGGUCACAUGGUUUCAAGGGGCGCUACGGGGUCCGGCAGAGCCUGUGCACCCCCGCUCGCUACGAGGGUACCUGGAGUAACGGGCUGCAGGACGGGUACGGCGUGGAGACCUACGGGGACGGAGGUACCUACCAGGGCCAGUGGGCCGGAGGCAUGCGGCAUGGCUAUGGUGUGCGCCAGAGCGUGCCCUAUGGCAUGGCCACGGUGAUCCGCUCGCCCCUGCGCACCUCGCUGGCCUCGCUGCGCAGUGAGCAGAGCAACGGCAGCGUGCUCCAUGAUGCCGCGGCCGCCGCCGACAGCCCGGCUGGCACCCGAGGCGGCUUCGUCCUCAACUUCCACACUGACAUCGAGCUCGGGGGCAAGAAAAAGGGCGGCCUCUUCCGAAGGGGCUCCCUUCUUGGAAGCAUGAAACUCCGCAAGUCGGAAUCCAAGUCUUCCAUCUCCAGCAAGCGCAGCUCUGUCCGCAGCGACGCGGCCAUGAGCAGAAUUAGUUCCAGCGAUGCCAACUCCACGAUAAGCUUUGGCGACGUAGAUUGUGAUUUUUGCCCCGUGGAAGACCACGUGGACGCCACCACCACCGAAACCUACAUGGGCGAGUGGAAGAACGACAAGCGCAAUGGGUUUGGCGUCAGCGAGCGCUCCAACGGCAUGAAGUACGAAGGCGAGUGGGCAAACAACAAGAGGCAUGGAUAUGGCUGUACCGUGUUUCCUGACGGCUCCAAAGAAGAGGGAAAAUACAAAAAUAAUAUUCUGGUCCGUGGAAUAAGGAAGCAGCUUAUACCAAUAAGAAAUACAAAAACUAGGGAGAAGGUGGACAGAGCAAUUGAAGGAGCGCAAAGGGCAGCGGCCAUGGCGAGAACCAAAGUGGAGAUAGCAAAUUCAAGGACUGCGCACGCCAGAGCAAAAGCGGACGCCGCAGACCAGGCCGCUCUGGCCGCUCGCCAGGAGUGUGACAUUGCGAGAGCCGUGGCCCGGGAGCUGUCGCCUGAUUUCUACCAACCAGGCCCCGAUUAUAUCAAACAGAGACUUCAGGAAGGUGUAGAUGCUAAAGAAAAUCCAGAAGAAAAGGUCCCAGAAAAGCCACCUACACCAAAGGAAUCUCCUCAUUUUUAUCGCAAAGGCACGACACCCCCAAGAUCUCCUGAGACAAGUCCCAAACAGAGUCACUCUCCCCCGCCUUCCCCAAAGCCCAUGAAGAAGCAAAACCCCAGUUCAGGGGCAAGACUCAACCAAGACAAAAGGAGUGUGGCUGAUGAGCAGGUGAUGGCCGUUGUCAAUAAGCCCUUGAUGUCAAAGGCUCCCUCGAAGGAGGCAGGAGCAGCCGUACCCCAGUCCAAGUACUCUGGCCGCCACUAUGUCCCCAACCCCAGUAAUGGGGAGCUGCAUUCUCAGUAUCACGGCUACUACGUGAAGCUUAAUGCCCCCCAGCACCCUGCAGAAGAUGUGGAGGACGGUGACGGGUCGAGCCAGUCUUCCUCAGCACUGGUGCACAAGCCAUCUCCUAACAAGUGGAGUCCCUCCAAAUCUGUGACAAAACCAGUUGCCAAAGAAAGCAAAGCUGAGCCAAAAGCAAAGAAGUCUGAACUUGCUAUACCAAAGAAUCCAGCAAGCAAAAAUUCGUGCCCUUCUUUGGAAAAAGAAGCCAAUUCAGGCCCUAAUUCAGUCAUGAUUGUCCUUGUCAUGCUGUUGAAUAUCGGGUUGGCCAUUCUUUUUGUUCACUUUCUAACUUGAUUGGAUUUAGGAAAGUGAAGUCAUGACAACUAGUGGUGUUAGCCCACAGUUCUCUGCAGUGGUGCCGUCAGCCCUUUAACUGGCCCACCCCAGGCAGACUCAGACACAGGGAAGGAGGCUUGGAAUUAGGAUGGGAUCGCAAGAGAGAUGACACUUGGAAAAUUCAGCCAGAGGACCUGUUCGGUUCCCCUGGGAAUGCUUUGUGGCUUUGGGGUCCUCGGGGAGCUGAAGCACACAGCCAUGUUGGAGAACAAAACUUAAUAAUGAUUCUUUUUUAAAAUCUGCUGAAGCAGCCCCAUCCGGCGAAGUUCUUGGCAUUGGCUACUCCAUCUGUCCUAGCGGAGUGUGACUAAACUGGAAAUGUAUGGAGCUGCAUUUUUUUUUUUUUUUUUUUUGAUGGAAGUCAACAGCUGCCUUACUAUUUUACCAUCUGACGUUUUUAGUAGGGAGCUGGGGAAACGACUGGCCGAGGAAUGCGGUCGGAGGAUUGUGUUGCUGUGGACGUGGUUCCAGCAUUCACUCCAAUCUCAUUAGAAGAAAUAGGUAGCAGCAUCACUCACCAGUCUUAUGCCAUGACCUGCUGCUUUAACGUCUCCCGGAAUGUUCUGGGAGGGAAGGUUUUGUUUGCUUGUGCACGACUCUGUUCAUUUUUGCUGUUGAUUUAAAUAUGAUGUAUAGUCAUCUAUCCCCUGCAGUCCCGGCUGGACAAAACACACGUGUUGCAUCUCGAGGAAAAGAAACAACAAAAAUGCUAGUGAAAAUGUGCUUAUUUUGAUGGCAAUACACCAUUUUUUAUGUCCUUUAUUCUUCCUAAACCUGUAAAAGGCUGUCUAUCUUUAAAAUUUAGCAAUUUGAAGGCAUUGUACCUUCCUAAGAAAUAAUUUAAUUUUAAAUAUUUUUAACAUUGCUGAGAUGAAUUAUUUAUGCACUUAGGAGGUGCUCAAUUUUAAAAGGUAAAAGACAACAGAAUUCGAAGAAGUCAGGUCCAAACGUUGCAUGGAUUGCAGUAAUCGGUGUUUAAAGGAUUCAGUUUCUCUGCUGACGUACUUUACAACCAAAUAAAAUCUUGUCAGUGGCUGUGUUAAUUCCCAUGAAAGUUAAGCAAGAUGCUAUUAAUAACUGUGCUUCUCUUUCUUGUUUUCUUUUUCCAACUUAAAUUUCUGUUGAAUACAUUCAGGUAGAGCCUAAAGCUUUGUGCAAUCCCUGCCUCGCAAUUUUCUCCCUUUCCUGUUCUCCAAAGUCCUUUUGUAAUUUCCUUUCAGAUUUUCAAGGCUUCGACAUUUUUAUUUUAAAUAUGUGUCUUUUGCAGUCCUUUGUCAUUCUGACAUAUUCUGAUUUUUUUUUUGCUGUUUUAUAAUUUAUCCUUUAUUAUUCAGAAGCAUGCUUACUUAGAGAAACUAAGUGGUCUUUAUCAAAGUAAUUAUUUAAAAAGAAAUCAGGGGAGGAAAGGUAUCUGUUCAAAAUCUUUCUAAAACAUUAUAUUGCAGAAAGGGAGCUAUUUCUGAAUAUUUUCGUAAUGUGCAUGGUUGACUCAGACCCUUUGACCUUAUUAGCUACCUUUUCAGUGCAGAGGAGACAGUUCAUGUCAUGCCCAUGUUAGCACAGGUGUGGACUGAAUGCUGUGUCACCUGCAGGGUAGUAACCCAGUGAUGUUUUUUGCAGAAGUACAGUAUGUUGAGAACCCUGGGUGUGACCAAUAUGGAAUACAGAAGGCGGCAGAAAGAGAGCAAAUGAAAAAUUACAACUUGUAUAUUUGUUUUUUACACUUUGCUUUGACUUUUCAAGUUAGGAAGUAACUUUUUUUUUACCCAACAACAGGCAUUUAAGUUCCUGUGUCAGCCUCAGUCCUCUCACUGCUCCUUCCUCACCCCAUAGCUCCUUCUGCGGGGAAAGCUGAUUUUUAAAAAAAAAAAAAAGAAAAGAAAAGAAAAAGAAAUUAAAAUAAAAUAUUUAAUCUUAUUAAGUGUUUAUUUAAAACGUGUAAUGCUUUGGAAGUAAUGGGUAACAGAUAAGUAAAGGAUAUGUUUAUAAAGUGAGCAUGUGGGUCCCAUUUAUAAAUAUAUGUAUGAUUUAUAAGCUUUUUUAAAACAAAGCUCAAAUUGUUGGUAUUUUUCUAAAAUGUGCACAGCUGUAUUUUACAUGAAGGCUCUUUCUAAUGGGUUGUUAUACUGUACUCUACAUUUUGGACAGCACAUGAAGUCUGCCAAUGUACUCAAUAAAACAUGACUUUGUUUAUUUAAAGUUUCUUGCUGUGAAAAAGAACUCCCUAUCUGUGAGUUCCUUUAUUUAUAAUCCUUGAAACCAAAAUGUAUAACGUACAGUUUUCACAACUGUAUCUGCUCUAAUAAAAAAAAAAAUGUUGGUUAUUAA